UUUAAUUGAAAAUAUAAAAUGGAUAGUUCUAGCAGUGAAUUCAAUGAAAAGCCAGCUCCACAUGAGCACCAGCCGCGUCUGAACGAGGUAGCUCAAAAAUUCUUGGCUGAUUUAGAUGAAGAACGCCAGCGUUUGUCCGCCGAGUUCCCAUUAUGCGCUUUGCUAAUUGAUGAAGCUGUGGAUCGUGUGUAUUGCACUGGCCGUAUUCCUGGACGCGAGUUUUAUGCCGAUGUUUACAAACAGAAGCCAAUGAAAAUCACACAAAAGGUUUUCGUGCCCGUCAAGCAAUAUCCAAAGUUCAAUUUCACUGGUAAAAUUCUGGGACCUAAAGGCAAUUCUCUGCGUCGUCUACAAGACGAAACGCAAUGCAAGAUUGCGAUCAAAGGACGCAGCUCGAUACGCGACCGUGGUAAGGAGGAACAGCUGCGCAAUUCUGGUGAUCCGCGCUAUGCUCAUCUGCAGAAGGAUCUGUUUCUCGAAGUGAGCACUGUGGCUACGCCAGCUGAGUGCUAUGCUCGUAUUGCCUAUGCGUUGGCCGAGAUCCGUAAGUAUCUAAUUCCAGACAAAAACGACGAAGUCUCCCACGAACAGUUGCGCGAGCUAAUGGAAAUGGAUCCAGAGUCUGCCAAGAAUAUACAUGGACCAAAUUUAGAAGCAUACAGAUCUGUUUUUGACAAGAAGUUUGGUGGCAGCAGCGGCGCACCGAAAUACUUAAAUCUUAUCAAGAGAGCAGCGGAAAAUCCGCCCGAAGCCGAAGAGGCUGAAGAGGUGGCCUACGAGUAUGAUCAUCGAAUGGCCAAGCGUGGUGCACCAUCUGGAUAUGAAUAUAGCAAACCACGCCCAUCAAUAAUACCAACAAACGCAGCUGCAUAUAAACGGCCUCAGCCAUACCAAACUGACAUGAAACGUAUGCGCGAACCACCCAUCAAGUCUUAUAAACCGAAUACGUACACCAUUCUGAAAAAGUAUAAAUAAAAGAAAGCAAAGCCAAUGCUCGUAAGAAAAUAUAAGUUGAACAUACAAAUAUACAAAUACUUUAAUAUAAUUGCACCACAAGCAAAGACGAUGUAAUAGUAAUAAUAAAAAAUCUCCUCAUUUCAAACAAAACGAUGAAAAAGAAAAUCAAGAAAACGUUUCAAUUUGUUUAGGCCUUGGGUGGAGAAAACACAUUUGAGAAUGCCCAAUGCCAAAUAAAUAUGAAAAAUAAUGCAUUAAUUAUAAUAUUUAAACGUUUUUAAUUCACGCUCCUCCUUAUAAGUAUUCAUAUAAAUCGGCACCUUUAAGGUUGUGAACAACCCGAGUUUUUUAUGUUUUCAAAAU